ACUCAAAUUGUGCAACUGCUUAAAAUAUUUCCUUGCCACUGCGUGUAGUCCUUAGAGCCAUUAGUCUUCCGUUUGGAAGGGAAGAGUUGAAUAGAGUAGCCAGAUUUCAAUGUGGAGAUUCAGUCCAGCCUACGGCAGUCGUGCACACACUUUUAUGGAGUUCAUCAUUGACAGUGGAGAUUGGUGUCAGGCACAACACGAGUGAGGAAUUGGCGAGUUUAAUGUGAAUGGGUUGACCCAAUUCACUUUCGAUAACAGUAAGGAAACGGCGAGUUUUAUUGAAACUUGGCGGAAUUGAAAAAUUUGUUAGUAACAGAAUUAAAUGACAGACAUGAAAAUGCCUUCUGGAACCCGAGUACUUAACAACCAAGGCAGAUCCUUACACGGACCCGGCCCUGUCGUUGUGGAGCAUAAGCACAUGAAGUUUUUGAUCACCGAUCGUCCCACUGAUGCGACCUUGCCUCGGUAUAUAGAGGAUCUUAAGAGGUACGAUGCCCACGUUGUAGUGCGGGUGUGCGAACCGACAUACAACAUCGAACAGUUGAAGAAACAAGGAAUCGAUGUUCUGGACUGGGCUUUUGAUGAUGGUGCAGCCCCACCUAAAGAAGUAGUAGAUGGGUGGCUUCAGUUGCUUAAGAAAAAGUUUAAAGAAAAGCCAGGAUCGUGCAUUGCAGUGCAUUGUGUUGCUGGACUGGGCAGAGCACCAGUCCUUGUAGCUUUAGCUCUUAUUGAAAGUGGAAUGAAAUAUGAAGAUGCUGUGGAAUUUAUCAGGAGACGAAGAAGAGGGGCCAUUAAUGCAAAACAGCUCAACUAUCUGGAACAGUACAAGCCUUCCAAACUACUGAAAGAGAAAGGAAGUGCCAAUUGUUGCAUUCAGUAAGGCAAAGGCACAGCAUUCGUGAUGGAAUCGAACAUUUUAUUGAGUUAAUGAUCAGGUUUCAGGAAAAUUCAUUUUAGGUGCUUGAAUUUAAAAUUGCAAAGAAGCUGUAGCUAGGUUCAAAAAUUACAAUUCUUGAUAUUUUAGUCUGACUGGCAAAAAUUUUAAUGGCAGCUAGGACAAUGAAGGUUAUGAAAUAUGUAAAAUCUCCCUUUUUUUUUCUUUUUCCCCCUCUGUCUUGUUUUUAGCAACAGGGAAAUGCAAACCCUUUUGCUCUCAAAGUUUUUGUCAUUUUCUGUAAUCAUACAUAGUGGCUGCUCAGUUUUAAGAGUAUAAAUAUUGUUGUGAGCUGAAUUAAAUCCUGUUUCUGGAAGAGUUGAACAACUAAAAAUGCAUUGAUUUUCAUAAAUGUGCAGUAAAGUCACUAGAAGUGGACAGGUGAAUGGAAUUGCUCAAUCACGAAAGCGGUUAUGCUAAAAUUUGUUUCUUUAUAGUGCAGCUAUGUACAUGUAUUUUCAUGUGCUUCUGUAGACACAUUUCGAUAUGAUGGAAGGAAACAAAAUUCUAAGAAAUAUGUAAAUGUUAAGCAAUAAUUAUAAUGAUAUAGUAAUUAUAUUUUCAUGUAUCUUUUUAAUUGCUAUCAAUUUUUUUUUCUGCUGUGUGUUCUAGACCUCUAAUGAAUCCAUUCAUUUAUUCCAUUCUCAAGAUCUAUUUGGAACAAGAAUUUGCAAUUAGUAUCCAUCACAUGUAUAGUUAACUUUUCUUACAUUUACGCAGAAGUAUGCUUUUGAUAAUAUUGUGUAAAGUAGUUUGGAGAAUUUCAUUAAAUGGAGACAGCAUCCCCAACCACAAAUCAGUGUUGAUUUUCCUUCACAUGCUUUUGAAGUUAUCAAGGUUGUAUUUUCCUCCUUCUGUAGAUCAUUUCCUAGUGUUAUUGUAUCUGGUCAUAAACUCUUCUGUUUGUAGGGGAUUCUGUGAAAACUUUGUGGAUGUUGUACACCGAUUUCUGAUGGAGUUAUGUGAGGAUUGGUUGGGUAUAACUAAUAUAGUUUAAACAAUUUUAAGUGUAGGAUGUACAAUUUUUACACAUCAUUCAUUCCAUGAAUAUUUUACCUCCACAAUGUAAUGAAGAUUGUUAUUUUCAGAAUCAUUUCAAAUAUUUAAAGUAUGACUUUCACAAAUUGUUUAAAUAUUGCUAUUUAUUUUGAUUUCCAUAGAAGCUUAGAAAUUUACUUUUGGUUUUUGUUAAUCAGUGACAUCACAUUGCAAUUCUUGUAUUUUACUCUGGGCCAAAACUCCAUCUCUAAUCUAAUUAAUCAGAGAGAAGGGAAUCUAAGAUAAGAAUGAUUUGAAUGUAGUAUACAAAGCACACAAAAUUACUUCAUUUAAAUUCGCUUUUGAACACAUAACAGAAAUUGCUUAUUUUGCUUUUUGUUACCUAAGUGCAAAUGAAAAGACAAAAAAUGGCUAACUUCAGGUGCUCUGGUGCACAACUGUAGCUCAUGUAAGGAUUUCUGAUUGUGCAGAUACUACAUAGAAAUGAGAUAUAUCCCUUUCAUUGCAGAUGAAUGUGUAGUUAUUUUGGGUUAAUGUAGAAGAGCAGUUUGAAAUAUUUUUUGUUUGAUAUUGUAACCUAAAAAAUAAGGUCACCUUGGCAAGAAUCAGUUGAAAGUGUAAGAAUCGUGCAUGACCAUGUGCAUCUGAAACAAGUAUAAUAAUUUCUGAGCAGCCUCAAUGUUUCAACUGAAAAAUACUUUUAUAGUGCCGCCAGUCUUUUGAAUUUUUCUCCUUGAUGCACAUGCUUAGGCAUGUUAUUUGGUCUUGUGAGAAAUUGGUUACCUUAUGCCAAAAAAAUGGGAGAAAAUAGUAGCACCUAAACUGUACCAUGUUUUCUGGUAUGCGAGUUCUCAAUCAUACAUGUACUUCCAAAAAUCCCUCAAGGCUUGCAAUUAUGAUUUUUUUGGAAGAAAUUAGUGUUAGAUUAGUUUAGAUAUGGGGUGUAAUAAAUGCAUGAAAUCUGAUCAGGUUGAGUAGAGCAACUUGUUAUGUUUCACACUGCUAACAGUCACUGUUGCACAAAGCAAUAUCUACAGGGUAAACAAAAUAGUCAAAAUGUAAAUACAAUGGAAAUACGAUGAACUUUUAAAUCCUCUAAAAUAUUCCCUCUUUGAAACUUUGCAACAUGGUUGAGAGCAGUGUAACAAAUAUUCCUAAAUGGUUGAAAAAUUGUUUUCCCUCACCGAUAUAUGUUCACUUAUUGCUGUACAUGAGAAUCUGCUUAUAAACUAUUGAUUGCUACUGUAGUGUGUAUUUUUCUAUGAAGUAAAGGUAUAUGUGUAAAUGGUAACUAAAACAAACAACUGGGAGGAAUAAAGAUUUUUAAACACCUGCUUCAA